UAGCAAAUGUCUUACUUGGGAAGGGGAGAAAGGGGACCUUCUUAUGUGCUACUGAAGGGUUUUCUAAGUUGUUCCACGUUUACUUUCUUUCUGCUAUUAUCUUUAAAUACUGCAGAGCAUUGUGAGCUGCGUCACUCUGUGCACUGCCACAGGAGAUCCCCGAGCCAUGACAGACUGUGAUGGGACUGGUGGACAAUUCAGCGAGACAUUGAUACUGUCCAUUGGCACUCAGUUCUUCUGCAAUGACACAUUCAAACGUGAUGAUUAAUGCCACGUGCAUAGAAAGCAGAUCCUUUGUAAAAACAAUACAAUUGUUAUUACCAUCUUUCUCCCUAAGCAUCCACGGUAUACUACUCCACUUAUCAUCUUUGUCAUUCUUGUACAAACUGCCCAGCUACAGUGGUUCUCAAACACAGCUGUGCUUCAUAAUCACCUGGGGGAACUUUAAAGAAAUCCAGGUGCCUGGGCCUCACUCCAGCCUGCUCUAUCAGAAACGCAGGGUUAGGGGUUGGAGUGGCCAGAUUCCUGCAUUUUCAAAGAGCUCCCAAGGCAAUUUUAAUGUGGUUAGUUUAACAGUGUUUGCAAAUUACUGAACCACAGCAACUUUUUUAAAAGGGAAAAAAAAACAUUUGCUAGAGGACUGGAGAGACUGUAUUUUCCACUCUGAAGUCUACAGUUAUUUUCAGUAGACACUGAACCAGGAAAUACACGGUUCAGGGCAAAACCUCCCUUGUGGUGUCAUGUUCUUUGGUUAUUAAGUCUGUGCAGAGAGUUUAAUUCCAUUUUGUAUAUUUGUUUAGGAUGUUUUAAAACAACACUGAAGCCCUGAAAACAAACGGUCUUAACAGCUGAUGAAUCACUCUUACUAAAGAUGGUUUAUUGAGACAGGGAAAGGAGUAGAAACAGGUGUUUCAUCUUAUCAGUUACUGAAUUAUGAAGAUGAAUCAGACGUUUCACUUUAUGGAAGGCGAGGCAACCAUAUUGUAAAUGACGUUGGGAUUAACGUUACUGGAUCGGAUUCAGUUGCAGUAAAAGCUUCCUUUGGUGUAGUAACCAAACAUGAAGUGGAAGUAUCAACAUUACUCAAGGAAAUUACUACACGAAAAAUUAAUUUUGACCACAGUUUGAUACGUCAGUCAAGGAGGAGCAGAAAGGCAGUAUUGUGUGUGGUCAUGGAAAGCAUCCGAACCACACGACAGUGCUCACUGUCUGUGCACGCUGGAAUUCGUGGGGAAUCCAUGAGGUUUCAUUUUAUGGAUGAACAGAAUACCAGGGGAAGGGACAAAGCUAUUGUUUUUCCAGCACACACAACCAUAGCUUACAGUGUUUUCGAACUCUUCAUUUACUUGGAUGGUGCCUUUGACCUUUGUGUCACUUCAGUGUCAAAAGGAGGAUUUGAAAUGGAAGAAACGGCAACAUUUGCACUGCUCUACAGAUUGAGAAAUAUACUAUUUGAAAGAAAUAGAAGAGUGAUGGAUGCCAUUUCUCGUUCACAGCUUUACUUAGAUGAUCUUUUUUCUGACUAUUAUGACAAAUCUCUCAGCAUGAGUGAUAUUUCACUCAAAGAAGGGACUCAUAUCCGAGUUAAUUUACUUAAUCACAGCAUUCCAAAAGGACCUUGCAUACUCUGUGGCAUGGGGAGCUUUAAAAGGGAGACGGUUUAUGGGUGCUUUCAGUGCUCUGCCGAUGGGCAGAAGUAUGUGAGACUUCAUGCAGUUCCUUGUUUUGAUGUUUGGCACAAGAGAAUGAAAUAAAAUGGAAAGUCAAUGUAUCUUGCUGGUGCUUUAGGUGCAACUGUGCCACACACCUUUCCAAAAUUAUCUAGGUUUGCUUUGAUGAGUUGUAGCAAAUUAAAGAGGGAGGGGAACAAGAAAUUAACCUGUCUGGGCAUCAUUUUUCCCAUCUAUAACGUGGAGAUGAUAAUAGUGUCUACCUCAUAAAUUGUCAUGAGGAUUAAUAAUGUUUAUAUUGGAAAAGGUUUAAAUAUAAAAUUCAGAAUAUAGAUAUUCCUUCAUAAAAUCUGCCAGUCACUUUAGAAGUAUAUUUUGGGAUUUAGUCUCAUUUUACAUAGAAAUUUUCUAGAUAUCAAUUUUAUUUUUAGUUGGCUUUUAAUUCAAGAUCUAAGAAUGACAAGAGUACACAAGUGGCAACUUUAUGGUGCUUUAACUGUUGCCCUAGGUCUGGUAAAAUGAGAAAAAUGUGUUAAUAAUUUAAUGUAAUCCUAAAUGUUUAAUUGUGGUAUCAAAUUAAAAGCACACUGAGCUCAGUGUGGGGUUUUG